AUGUUCUCUUUGCGUGUUCACGCAAGCAGAUGCAAUACACUUGUGGAAUGCGUUACGAUGACGGCUUUGAUUCAACCGCCGCCACUGCGAGUAACACAAAAUGCUUAUGUGCAUCAUCACAAAGAACGACACAAUCUGGAACGAUUCAUCGGCAUCCGGCGAUCAAAUCCUGCACGUGCUAAUCGUAACACUCAUAUCAAUGAACGUAUGUUCCGAAAGUUACGAGGUGCGAAGACGGUAUUGAUCGAUCUUCCUGAUGAUGUAGAGAGACGUCAGCGAGAAAAGAUGAAUCCAUCGGAAAUGCGCAUUUCGAUGCUGAAAGCGGGAAUGAAUCCCUACAAAGAGGUUCAGCCACGUUCAUGGAACGAAACCCAAAUGACAAUGCAGUCGUUUUAUGGUGUUGUUGAUCCGUAUGUAUCACCAGAAGAUCCAUUGCCUUUCGUUGUUCCAUCGUCGGUCAGUGAUUCAGUUAAAUUGAAAGGCCAAGAAAUCAAGGAACGUGCUCUUCACAUGUGGCAUAAUUAUAAGAAUGGAUCGCGUCGAAUCAGAAAGAAAGAAGGUUUUGAAAAUUUUGAUUAUAAGUUAUUUGGGCCAACGGCAGAUUCCAUAUAUGUUGAGGCACAUAAAGCGCUGAUGAAUCGCGAUAAGUCCACGCUGCAUAAAUAUAUCACUGAACAUGCUUUCGUUAAAAUGUGGCCAGAUGUCGAAAAUGGUUCAGUUGUUUGGGAAAUGGUUGAGAGAUUGGAGCCGUCGAAAGUUGUGGCGAUUAGAUGUGCGGAUAAUCCGUAUAAAUCUGGUAACGAUAUCGCGCAGUUGAUCGUUCGAAUGCAUUCUUUGCAGAAAUUGGCCAUCUACGAUAGAUUCGGUCAUCUGUUAGUCGGAUCGGAAGCAGAGCCGAAAAAAGUCGUGGAAUAUGUUGUGUUCGAGAAUCAUAUAGCCAGUUUGGAUGGUGCUUGGCGUUUACAUGAUAAAGUGUACCCUCGUUGGAUCGAACCCAAGCAACCUGCUAGGUUUAUUUUAUACAUUUUUAUGAAGUUUUGA